AGAAGAAGAAAAUACUAUAAACUGGCAUAACCUCAUUUUUGGCGUAGAAGUAAACAGUGGUAAACAGAAGUAAAGAGUUGUAAUAUCUUGAAUAAAAUGUCAGUAACAAUCCAUACAGACUUGGGGAACAUGAAAGUGGAGUUGUAUUGUGAAGCUUGUCCAAAGACUUGUGAAAACUUUUUAGCCCUGUGCGCCAGUGACUAUUACAAUGGGUGCCUCUUCCAUAGAAACAUCAAAGGUUUCAUAGUUCAAACUGGUGAUCCGACUGGUACAGGGAAAGGAGGCACUUCCAUUUGGGGGAAGAAGUUCGAGGAUGAGUUUAAAGAUGAAUUAAAACACAAUGAGAGAGGGAUGGUAUGCAUGGCAAAUAACGGCCCCAACACGAAUGGAAGCCAAUUUUUCUUCACCUACGGUGCCCAUCCACAUUUAGAUUUAAAAUACACGCUUUUUGGAAGGGUUAUAGAUGGACUGGACGUAUUAGAUGAACUGGAAAAACUGCCCGUACAUCCGAAGAAAUUUAAACCAACAACGGACACAAAAAUAAACAGCAUAACGAUACACGCGAAUCCUUUAGCAGGAUAGGAAAUGUGGAAUAAUUUUUUGGUACAAUAAAAUUUCGAAAGGGAAUUUAA